UCCUACAGAAGAGGGUCGCCUUUCAGCGAAGAGACGGGUUUCUAGCUCUGAGUGCUUACACCUCUAUCCAGCAGCAUCCGGCACCCAUAAGCCUUGAGCAGACAGUCUCGAAGCGGGGACGGUGCUUCAUUUUUACAGACUCGGCGCUUUUUAAAAAAUCCGUCUCACCUGCAGGAGCGCUGGAAAAAGAAUAAACAUAUUUAUUACAUCCUAUAAUGGAUCAAGACAAAUACUUGCCAGAGCUGAUGGCCGAGAAAGACAGUCUGGAUCCAUCCUUCGUGCACGCGAUGCGCCUUUUGGCAGAAGAGAUCGAGAAGUACGAGGGUGACGAGCUGAGGAAGGACGGUGACGUGAAGAAAUACCUGGACGUCAUCAGCAACAAAAACAUCAAACUCUCGGAGAGGGUGCUAAUCCCGGUGCAGCAGUACCCAAAGUUUAAUUUCGUCGGCAAGCUACUGGGGCCUCGAGGGAAUUCUAUGAAAAGAUUACAAGAGGAAACCGGAGCAAAAAUGUCCAUCCUGGGGAAGGGAUCCAUGCGGGACAAAGGCAAGGAGGAGGAGCUGAGGAAGAGCGGUGAGGCCAAAUACGCUCACCUGAGCAAUGACCUGCACGUUCUCAUCGAGGUGUUUGCCCCGCCCGGGGAAGCCUACUCCCGCAUGAGCCAUGCCUUGGAGGAGAUCAAGAAGUUCCUUGUUCCAGACUACAACGACGAGAUCCGGCAGGAGCAGCUGAGGGAGCUGUCCUACCUGAACGGGUCGGAUGACGGCAGCCGCGGGAGGAGCGUGCGGGGGCGGGGCUUGCGGCUAACCUCCACAGCAACGGCAAGGUAGUCCAUCACAACCUCGGCCGGCUCAAUUGUGCGCAGGCCUCAAUGACUCAGGGCAGUUACAGGAUUCAAAAUAGUCUGUCCCCGCUAGUGAUACAUGUUUUCUCAAAAGUAUCAUUUCCAUUUCAGCUAGAAUAUCUGAGGUGAUGUUUAUUUAAUCAUGUACUACAGUACCAGUCAAAAAUCUGGACCUACCCAUACAAAGAUUUAUUUGUACUAUUCUGUAUGUUUUAGAAUAAUUACAAAGACACAGAAACUAUAAAAUAACGCAUAUGGAAUUAUGCACUGACCAGAAAGAAUUACACAAAAAAAAGCUUUAUGGCUUAGGACUGGGAAGGUUGCCAGUGCUGCACAGUGGUGCACACUCAUUAGCCGCUUUUCCUUCUGAUACGAGUGAGAUGAGUGCACGCUAAUGGCAAUCAGGAAUGUGGACCCCAAAACCAAGUCAUACAACACUAUCACGCUCCUUUGUAGGUGGCUUGGUGUGUCAAACUUAUGACUGGUUCUGUAUGCCAUCCUUCUGGUAAGGUUUGAGAUUAUCAGUGUUUGUAUUCCAACUGGCAGAUAUUCCAUGGCAAAUGUGUGACGUAAAUGCCCGGUAAAAAUCUCAUGUUCACUGACAGUUUCAGGUGAUAGCAGCACAAAACAGGGUCCGCCCUCCCUGAAGCUGCCUCAUCCAAUCUCACUGUCCUCCCCACUCACGCCCCUCCUCACUCUGCCCGCAUCCCUGAUUGCCAUUAGCGUGAUUGGGCACCCAUCUCACUCGCACUUCUGCUGAUUAUUCAUGUCUCAAAAACUCUUUAUAUUUUUGAGCACCACAUACUAGGUGACCAUAAGACCCUGGAACACCAGCCUGGAAUACGUUUCUCUAGCAAACAGGGGUGGGCAGAGAAGGUCCAUCAUCCCUCACAUCCUGCAUUUGCAAAGCCAGAGCUACCAUGUCAUUCUCAGCUGAUGCAUCCCAGCAUCUCCCCAAAGUAGCGGGACGGACAUGAAUGGAGAAGGGAAAAUCCCUUUACGGAGUUGUUUGCUUCUGAGCCAGCGGAGUGGGUAGAGGAUGACUUCCUUCUCACACGAUGACUCCCACAACACCUCAGCAAAUUGGGAAGCUGAGUUCUUAAAGAUGGCAGCCCAUGUUUAUGCCCGUGCCUCCUGAAGUACUGGCCCGUGGUAGUCUGCGUGACCCUGCUGGUCAUUUCCCGUCUGUCGGCAGCUGAUUGGUCGGAGCCUUUCAAGGAGUUAUAAAGGACAUAAAGUGUCAGCAAGGUGCCUGUGAGGCCAUUUCAGAACCCAGACCCUCCUCUGAACCGUUUGUGUGCUCACUGACAUGUUUGUAAAUGGACCUUGAUACCCAUGAAGAUAGAGUGAUGCCCCACAUCACCCUACUGCCCUCUGACUGACCCUUAAAUGACCUUUAAAUGCCUCUGACUGACCUCUGAUUCAUUUUACCCCUCACACCAGGGGACAGAGUGCAGUUACCCCACUCUCCCCCUUGUCAUUGACCCUCCACAUCACCCUGCUGCCCUCUGACUGACCUCUAAA